CGGGGUAGUCGCAGGCUUGCGUGAUCCCGGCCGCUGAGGCAGCGGGCGUUCCUCAGCCUGUGUCGCUGCGGGCCGGACCACCUCAGGAGCGACGGUGAAGGCCGUGGGGCGGACCGCGGGCUGUCGGGACAGGCGCACCGGCGGGCGGGGCGGAAGUCCCUCGCCCGCCAGCCUUCUUUCCGGUGCCUCCACAGUCGCAGAUGUGUACUGACAGAAGAGGGGGUCGGGAUGGUUCGGCCUCCGUAGCCCUGUGACACCUAGUGGCAGGGACAGUUUUGAGGGUCCCAGGGAAGCGCGGGUGCAGACAUAGUGUCCGGUGAGUGCAUUCGCCGGCCCAGGCUGGAGCGCCCGCGAGCGGAGCGGAAGUCCCUCUCCCGCCAUCUCUCUGCCUGCACCGUCACGGUCGCCGUGCUGUCACGUCAUCCGUGGGAGCCCGGGGUGACUGAGCCUCGGUGGACGUGUGACCGGCGAGGCCCCGAGCGCAGACAUGGACUCUGUGACCUUUGAAGAUGUAGCUAUAAACUUCACUGUCGAGGAAUGGGCUUUACUAGAUCCUUCCCAAAAGAAGCUGCACAGAGAUGUGAUGGAGGAAACCUUCAGGAACCUGGCUGCUAUAGGAAAACCACAAAAAGACCAGCACAUAGACAAUGACCACAGAUAUUCUAGAAGAAAUCAAAGAAAUGAAGUUGUAAAAAGACUGUUGGAACAUAACAAAGAUAAUGAAUGUGAAGAAAUCUUGAGACAGAUUCCAAACACCAUUGUGAACAGGAAAAUUUCUCAUAGAACAAUGAUUUGUGAAAGCCAUGUGUAUGAAGACAACAUGUUUAUUGGUCAUUCAUCUCUUAAUGUGUCUAUGCCUCUUCAAACUACACAUAAACCUCAUCAAUAUGAGCUGUGUGGAGAGAGACUCUAUAAGAUUGGGGAAUGUGAGGAAGCCUUCAUUUAUCCAGAAUGCUUUCUAAAGCAUGAAGACACUGACACUGAACAGAGAUCCUAUGAAUUUAACCAGUAUGAGAAAAUCUUCAGAAGUAAUGGUUACAUUCAAAUAUGUGUGAAUAAUGAAACUAGAGAAGAAAUAUGUAUGGAUGAGCAGCAUUAUAAUGCUUUUACUUAUUCUGAUUUUCUUCAGUAUGUUGAAAAGAUCCACACUGGAAAGAAACCCUAUGUAUGUAAACAAUGUGGGAAAACCUUUUCUUUUUUGAGUAACAUUAGAAGACAUGAACGAACUCAUACUGGAGAGAAACCAUACAGAUGUAAUAUAUGUGAUAAAACCUUUACUUGUUUGACUAACUUUCAAGAACAUGAAAGAACUCACACUGGAGAGAAACCCUAUUUAUGUACACAAUGUGGGAAAUCCUUUUCUUUUCUGAGUAACAUUCGAAGACAUGAACGUACUCAUACUAGAGAGAAACCAUACAGAUGUAAUAUAUGUGGUAAGGCUUUCAGUUAUUUGACUAACUUUCAAGACCAUGAAAGAACUCACACUGGAGAAAAACCUUAUGUGUGCACACAAUGUGGGAAGGCUUUCUCUUACUACUAUUCCUUUCAAACACAUAAACGAUGUCACACUGGAGAGAAACCCUAUGUCUGUAAGCAGUGUGGGAAAGCCUUCAGUUAUUACAAUUCCAUUCAAACACAUAAACGAUGUCACACUGGAGAAAAGCCCUAUGUAUGUAAGCUGUGUGAUAAAGCCUUUACUACUCUCAGUUCUCUUCGAUAUCAUGAGAGAAUUCACAGUGGUGAGAAGCCCCAUGUAUGUUUGCAAUGUGGAAAAGGUUUCAAUUCUUCCAGUACCCUUCGAAUACAUGAAAGGAUUCACACUGGAGAGAAACCCUAUAAAUGUAAGCAAUGUGGUAAAGUCUUUAGUGUUGACAGUUCCCUUCGGUGCCAUGAAAGGAUUCACAGUGGGGAGAAACCCUAUGUAUGUAAGCAGUGUGGAAAAGCCUUCACUCGUCAUAACUCCCUUCGGUGCCAUGAAAGGAUUCACUGUGGGGAGAAACCCUAUGUAUGUAAGCAAUGUGGGAAAGGUUUUUUUUCUUCCAGUAACUUUCGAAAACAUCAAUUUACUCAUUCUGGAGAGAAACUCUGUGUAUGUAAACUAUGUGGGAAAGCCUUCACUCAUCAUAGUUCGCUUCGACGUCAUGAAAGAAGUCACAGUGGAGAAAAACCCUAUGUAUGUAAGCAGUGUGGAAAAGGUUUCUCUUCUUUGAGUGGUUGUCAGAGACAUGAACAAAUUCACACCGGUGAGAAACCCUAUGUUUGUAAGAAUUGUGGGAAAGCCUUCACUAAUCCCAGUACCCUUCGAAAUCAUGAAAGGAUUCAUAGUGGUGAAAAGCCCUAUGUAUGUGAGCAGUGUGGGAAGGGUUUCCUUUCUUUUAGUAAGUUUAGAAUACAUGAACGAACUCACACUGGAGAGAAACCAUAUAAGUGUAAACAAUGUGAGAAAGCCUUUACUGGCCACAGUUCCCUUCGACGGCAUGAAAGGAUUCACAGUGGAGAGAAACCUUUUGUAUGUAAACAUUGUGGGAAAUCCUUUUAUAAUUUAAGUGAUUGUCAAAGACAUGAACAAAUUCACACUGGUGAGAAACCUUACAUUUGCAAGCAAUGUGGGAAAGCCUUUAAUCGUUCCAGUUCCCUUAAAAUGCAUGAGAAGACUCACACUAGAAGGAAUUCCUAAGUAUAGAACAUGGAAAAGUAUUCUUAGCAUGCCAAUGCAUAGAGCAGAGAACCAGUGUCAUGUUGUCUGUAGGAAUGCCUUUAGUCAUCUUGGUUGUAUUCACAGACAUGAUAGUACAUACCAUAGUGAGAAAUCCUAAAUGGAUGUGCAGAUAUCUUCAGUUGACAGACCUCUGAGAAUGUACCCAAUAUCAAAACUUUUAUAACAAAGUUAUCAGCUAUAAAACAAUUUUCAGGGUUUUGUGAAAAUUCCUUAUGUAACAAUAAUUUUUUUAAGAUUCCAGUGAAUGAAUUUGAGAAAGAAUAUUGCAUUAAUUUGUCAAUAAUUCAGAAGAUAAGUCUCUAGAAUGUUUACUUCUAAUUAUUACUCUUGUAAAUAAAUUUUCAGAUGACUUAAUCUAAGAUUUCUUUUUUUUUUUUUUUU